AUAGAAAGAGAGGUAAUGAGUGAAAGAGCGGCUGCGGAGGCUACAAAAUCCAGCGGCGGCAGCAGCUAAAUUCCAAAGCAGCCGCGUAGAGUGCAAACAUUUCCCAACGAACCCGCAAACGGAACGGAACGUCGACGACCUCAACAUACAGAGGCGCCAAAAAUAAAAUCCAGUGAAUAAAAGUGAAUUUAAACAAAGCCAACCAAAUACCAAAAACAAUGGCCGCCAUUAAGGACAGUCUGUUGGCCCAAGUUGCCGAGGUUCUGCCCAGCUCCGGGCACAAGGUCACCGUGGUGGGCAUCGGCCAGGUGGGCAUGGCCAGCGCCUUCAGCAUUCUGGCCCAGAAUGUCUCCAAGGAGGUGUGCCUCAUCGAUGUCUGCGCCGACAAGCUGCAGGGCGAGCUGAUGGAUCUGCAGCAUGGCUCCAACUUCCUGAAGAAUCCCCAGAUCACGGCCAGCACUGACUUUGCCGCCUCGGCCAACUCGAGGCUGUGCAUUGUGACCGCUGGAGUGCGCCAGAAGGAGGGCGAAUCCCGCCUGUCCCUGGUGCAGCGCAACACCGAUAUCCUUAAGAACAUUAUCCCCAAGCUGGUGGAGUACAGUCCCGAUACCAUCCUGCUGAUGGUCUCCAACCCCGUGGACAUCAUGACCUACGUGGCCUGGAAGCUGUCCGGUCUGCCCAAGAACCGUGUCAUUGGCAGCGGCACCAACCUGGACUCUUCCCGCUUCCGUUUCCUCAUGUCCCAGCGCCUGGGCGUGGCUCCCACCUCUUGCCACGGCUGGAUCAUCGGCGAGCACGGAGACAGCUCUGUGCCCGUGUGGUCCGGCGUGAACAUUGCCGGCGUGCGCCUGCGUGAGCUGAACCCCACCCUGGGCACCGGUGAGGAUCCAGAGAAGUGGAACGAGCUCCACAAGCAGGUGGUUGACUCUGCCUACGAGGUGAUCAAGCUAAAGGGUUACACUUCCUGGGCCAUCGGCCUGAGCACUGCCUCCCUGGCCUCGGCCAUCUUGCGCAACACAAGCAGCGUGGCCGCUGUCUCUACCUCCGUUUUGGGUGAGCACGGCAUUGACAAGGAUGUGUUCCUUUCGCUGCCCUGCGUCCUGAAUGCCAACGGCGUCACCUCCGUGGUGAAGCAGAUCCUCACUGCCACCGAGGUCGAGCAGCUGCAGAAGUCGGCCAACAUCAUGGCCGAUGUCCAGGCCGGACUCAAGUUUUAAGAGAAAUCAAACACCAUUCACAUUUCGGGAAGAAAAGGGAAAACAUAACACAACACAAACCGCAGAGCAGAAUGCAAAUUUUAGUAUAAUUUUGGAGCUCUGAAGAGAUGCCUCAUCAAGUAUUUCUGACUACCAAUGUUUAUUUUUAGUACACAUCUCUCAAUUUAUUUAUGAUUUU